CGGCCAUGAUGCAAUGCUACGCAGUUAAUAUCCUUGAACCAGACCAGAUACCGACGAAUGCGUCAGGUGUAAGAAAUGGCACGGCGGACAAUGUCUCUUCUUCCUCACUGGUCCUCUCGUGUUUUUUCAGUGGAGCUGAAUGGAACCCCCUUUUACUUUUCAACACAAGAGAAGCACCGAGGAGAAGAAGUGCCCCGGGUGUUCAGAGGAAACGAUGGCCAGUGUUACUCUCUGCUUGUCUGCAGCAGCGACACAAUCAGACGUGCAAAGUUUUACGCGGAGCUCAAAGACAAACUGUUGACAAACCUGCCUCCAGAAUGUCAUUUGUCUCCCAUGUGCUCAUUUCUUCCAAAUAUCAAGGAUUCUCUCCUUAAGGGUUACUUUUUGACAGAUACUUCCGAGAGUUCGUCCCCUACAGAGCGUCUUUUGCGAGAUUUAACACAGCGUGACCCGGUGCUAGUGUGUUCAUACUUGAGAGGAGAGACAGGUGGAGUGUGGACUCAGCACCUGUGGUCUGAUGGAGACAGCCACACCAUGCAGAUGCCAAAGGACUACUAUGUGGUACCAGCAGAAGCACCAGAACACCACCCAUCCACUCUCAACAUCAUCAACUCGGAUGUUUUCUACAGUUUUGAGGAGGCCUACCAGGUUCUAGAAAAGUGUGGUGACAUCAUCCCAGAGGCCAGGGCUGUGCUGGCGCUGCUGCCCAGCCGAGAGGAGCCCAGACGGAAACCAGACUUCCCUGUUAUUGUCAUAGAAGGCUUGGAUGCCACAGGUAAGACAACUCUGACUGAGUCUCUGAGGGAUGCUCUCGGGGCCUCUCUUCUGCGGUCCCCUCCCCAUUGCCUGUCCCCCAUGAGGGCCCGCUUUGAUCGGGAGCCUCCCCUCAUCCGCAGGGCUUUCUACGCUCUGGGGAACUACAUCACAGCAGAACAAAUAGGCCAGGAGGGUAUGAAGACACCUGUCAUCGUUGACAGAUUCUGGCACAGCACAGCAGCGUAUGCCAUUGCCACAGCAGUCAGCGGUCCAGUGUGCAACCUUCCAGCAGAGGGGUCCGAGGUCUACUGUUGGCCCAGUGACCUGCUCCAGCCCAGCCUGGUGGUCUGCCUCACGCUGGACCCUGAGGAGAGGAGGAGGAGGCUGAGGGACAGAGGGCAAGGAAAGACUGAGGAAGAGCAAGAGCUGGACCACAACCAGCUUUUCAGACUCAAAGUGGAGAAGGCUUAUCAGAGGAUCAGUGGCCCAGUGUGUGUGACUGUGGAUGCUAGUCCUCCUGCAGACCAAGUGCUCCAACAAGUGCUGCUUUUAAUUAGGGGCAAAUGCCACUUGUAAACAGUUCUCCAUCUCCCCUGCUGUCACCCAUGCAUCAAGUGGAUGCAGUACCUGCGGUCAGCACUGGGUGCCAGUAAGGUGUUGUGAAUGAGCUAGUCGGAGGAGUAGUGACCAGAAUACACUGUAGAGAAGAGGCUCUUUUCAGAAUGAGUAAAGGUUGAAUGGCCAGGGGCCAGAACUGAAAGCUACCAUCAGAAAUACAUAUUCAUGUAGCCACACACACAUGCAUGCACUGAUUCUGACACACAUUUACAAAAGUAUUGUUACGAAGAAGUGUGCACUGCCGUUCUGACCUCCCAGAAAUCAGGCAAAAAGGAAAAAACUGAAAAAGGAUUCAAUUUACACUCCGAUACCACACUUUUAAUUAGUUAAAAAACGUUUUAAAUUAAAGAAAAUGAUACUAAA